AUGGCUUCGAUCCUUGGCGUCGGCCAACAGGGCCUCAACUUUUCGCGAUCUUCUGCACCAUCGUCCCCCUUGAUCCCGCGUGACUCGGCUCUUGGCAAGGUCUUUUCGAUCGUCGAUCUCACCCGGCUACCUUCGCUACAGGAGGCGGAUCGCACCACGGUCGUUUUUACCAUCCUCGCCGUCGUGGCUACGCUUCUUCUCGCCGAGCAGUACACGUAUCAGAAGAAGAAGGCUGGUCUCCCAGGUCCCAAGUGGACCAUCCCCGUCAUUGGCAAAUUUGCCGACUCGCUUCACCCGACGCUCGAAAAGUACCAGGAGGGCUGGAACUCGGGUCCGCUCAGUGUGGCCAGCGUCUUCAACAUUUUCAUUGUCAUCGCCUCGUCCAACGAAUAUACUCGCAAGAUUCUCAAUAGCCCGACCUACGCCGAGCCAUGUCUCGUUGCUUCUGCCAAGAAGGUGCUUUGCCCUGACAACUGGGUGUUCCUUAACGGCAAGACGCACGUCGACUAUCGCAGGGGCCUCAACACGCUCUUCACUCGCCAAGCCCUCGGUAUCUACCUCGGCAUCCAGGAGACCAUCUACAAGCGCUACUUUGAAGAAUGGCUCGCCGACACCAACCCCAACCCUCAGCCCUACAUGAUGAAGUUCCGUGACCUGAACAUGGAGACCUCGCUCCGCGUCUUCUGUGGCAACUAUAUUCCGGAUGAGGGCGCCAAGCAAAUUUCGGACAACUAUUGGCUGAUCACGGUUGCGCUCGAGCUUGUCAACUUUCCGUUUGCUUUCCCCGGAACCAAGGUGUACAACGCGAUCAAGGCGCGCAAGACUGCGAUGAAGUGGUUCGAGCUCACGGCUCGUGAGAGCAAGAAGCGUAUGGCGGCAGGCGAGGAGGUCACCUGCCUUACCGACGCUUGGAUCAAGGCUAUGGUGGACGCUCGUUUGCAGAGGGACAACGCCGAUCUGGAGGCCGAGACGCGCCGUGUGCUGCUGCGCGACUUUUCGGACCGCGAGAUUGGCAUGGUUUUGCUUAGUUUCCUGUUUGCUUCGCAGGAUGCCAUGUCAUCUGGUCUGACCUACCUGUUGCAGCAUGUUGCUGACCGACCCGAUGUUCUGCGAAAGGUGCGCGAGGAGCAGUACCGCGUGCGUGGCGAUGACAUCAACGCCGCGCUCACGUACAAUGCGAUCGAGCAGAUGGAGUACACCAAGGCUGUGGUUAAGGAAUCACUGCGAAUCAAGCCGCCUGUCAUCAUGGUGCCUUAUCUCACGCAGAAGGACUUCCCGAUCGACAAAAACUACACGGUUCCCAAGGGCAGCAUGGUGAUUCCCAGCUUCUGGAACUCGUUGCACGACGAAAAGGUAUACCCACAGCCAGACGAGUUCAAACCCGAGCGAUGGCUCGACGAGGCUGACCCUGCGAACAAGAGCCCAAAGAACUACCUCGUGUUUGGCAGUGGUCCUCACUACUGCAUCGGACAGCAGUACGCCAACAUGCACCUUACCGCUGUGCUCGGUACGGCAAGUGUGCUCAUGAACUGGGAGCAUGAGGUGACUCCGCUUAGCGAAAAGGUCGAGGUGAUUGCCACCAUCUUCCCUAAGGACGGUGCUAGGAUCAAGUUUUCGCGCCGUGCCGCUCCUGCUCCAGGCACUGCACCCGAGGUUGCGGCUCGCGCCUAA